AGUGGUUUUCUUGUUCAAGCGUUAGUAAAACGUUUUCUCGCGUGCAGUUCAGCAGCCCAGGAAUUCUCAGCUACAGCUAAGCCAAACCGGCUCUCCUGGCCGAGUUGGAAAUGGACGCCGGACCCAUUCUUCGAGACAUCAUGAUGGGCCACUUCUUGGACGGAGGAGCUGACGGUGGCGAUAGCAUCUUCUCCGACAUCGAAGUCUGCGAACUGUCGCCGCCGACCACCGAAGAAGAACGGGGCGGUGCUCAGUACGAGUCGGCCGGACUGACCCCGACAUCGCCUACCCGUUCGUCCAAGUCCCGGCGCCAGUCUAGGCCUAACUACGCCGCGCUCGCCGGUAAGUCGCGUUCCCGCGCCAAGAGCGAGGCGCUUUGCAGCUUUGACGAAGUUCGCGUAGACGAGUGCGAAGAGGAAUCCGUUUCACCGGGUUACUUAGAAGACGAGGAAGAGGAUUACUCGGACGCGAUGAAGACCCGCGGCAGUUGCAUGAGCAAGAACGCCAUUGCCGCUAGAGAGAACAGGAUAAGGAAAAAGUUGUACGUGAGCAAACUCGAGCGAAGCGUUCGCCAUCUUUCAACCGAGAACGCUACCAUGAAGAGGCGAGCGCAAGAGAUGAGACGCGAGAUUGAAGAGCUUAGCGAAGAGGUGCAGUACUUGAGAAGCGUGCUGUGCAAUGCCGACGAGAUAAAGACCUUGGUGCGCAGCAUUCGGGCGGUUAGGCCUAGCCUGGCGACCAGUACCAAGAGUGCUGGCGACACGCUGAAGCGCGAGAGGGUGGAGGAAGACCACGAUUACGUCGCUGCAGGCGGCAAGAGGAGGCCGCCCGUCGACAAGAAGGCGGGUGGUGUGUGUAUCCACGUAGCCAACGGCACCGUGUCGUUGGAAUUCUGUCAUCGAUGUGCCGCUAAGUCCGAGGAUGCUUGGCAAGAUGGACAGUGAGUGCACCAAGCAAGCGGGGGGGUGACAAGAAUCGCGCCUGGGAGAGGCCGCCUUUUUUUUUUUCGAUUCCAUGGUGUGAACCUUCUGGACAGACGCGACAUACGAUGGUCGGUACAGCGUGUCCUUAUUUACCAGCUGUUAUCUGUUUAAGGACUUCGAAUGUGAACUGUGUGUGUGUGCCGCUUCCAGAUUGAACUGAGGACAGACACCUCUCUUUUUUGCUUUUCACGGUUUUUCUCGUUUCAGGUGAUCGUCUCUGGACGGUAGAGGCCUGCGAGUCUGGUACCGGCCGUCCACGCUCUGCACAGAGACGAGGAUCUUGGUCUCACAAUCCUUGCACACCAUCUACGAUGGUUGGUAUCUGUUAACCACCCCAAAAACUGCACAGACACAAACAGUUAGCGACGCCGUAGGCUCCGUUUAGACUUGCCUUUGUUACUCAUAGGUGCCUUACCAGCUUAGACACUUAUCUCGACAGUUUGAUUGUUUGUGAGAAUUGUGUGAGCAUUUUUAGACAGAGCAACACAAACACACUUGUCGCGCUGGCCUCAAGAACCAGUUAUUGGAGAAGCUUUUUGCUUUAUAGCUUCCACUGCUGACUGGGUGCUGCCUCAAGGAUCACCACGCAUGGGUCAAGAUGGUAUGUGGUAGGUCUCCGGUAAAACCUCGGUGAUUUUUUUUUUCCCCUUGUAUAAUAUUUCUCGAUCAGAUUUUAUUUGUUUGUUCAGGAUUGUUGCUGGUUAGUAGAGCCAAGCACGCUUACUUUUGUUGACUGUUGAAAGAUACGCUGUCGUAAACAUUUCUUGUGUAUUUAAAAUGGCUGUAAAUAUGUUUUGAAUGAGACACUGAUGUACCUGUGUGUGAGUAUUGUAAAUAUUGAAGGUGUGAUCAAUUUGAGCCACUUGAAAUAAAUGUGUUAUGCCACUAAAA